AUGGGAUAUGAUAUGGCACCAAGUAAGAUGACAAAUGAUGAUGUAUUAGGAGAUCCCGUGCCAUUUAAUCAGAUAGAGUCAAUGAGGCAGUUUUGCAAUCAAGUUCUAAAGUUGAAUAUAUGGGCAUAUGUUUAUUUAGAUGAGGCACACAAUAUAGGAGCAGUAAGCAAAACAGGAAAAGGUGUGUGUGAGCUUUUAGGUGUAGACACUGCUGAUGUGGACAUCAUGAUGGGAACUUUCACAAAAUCAUUUGGAUCAUGUGGUGGUUAUAUAGCUGGAUCAAAGGAACUUUUUAAAUAUUUGAAGUACACAUGUCUUGUAGACCUGACAAUCCGUGUCUGCGUGUCAUGUAUUCGUGUCAGACACGAAUUUACACGAUACGAAUUUGUUAAACACGAACACGACACAAAUUAUAAAACGCGUCUGGGAUUUCUCAAGUACCGAUAUGCGACGUCGAUUCCUCUUUACUUCGUCUUCCUCCCUUGUUGGCCAGAUAUGCUUGUUCAUCGUCUAUUCACUCCUGACGAGCUUUGUCUUCUCAUGCCUGCUCGACCUUCCACCACAAUGUUUUUUGUGGUGUCGUUCCAGAUCAGCUCGAGCUUCCACGGUCUCCCCUUCCGAAGCUCCGUUCGUGAUCUCACAACUUCAAUAACAAUGGCGACAAGGUACUGGAUAGUUUCUCUUCCCGUUCACAGCUCCGCCACUUCUCUAUGGAGUCGCUUACAAGAAUCCAUCUCCAAAAAUUCCUUCGACACUCUUCUCUACAGGUUCAAUAUCCCAAAUCUUCGCGUUGGUACACUCGAUUCGCUGUUAGCCCUCAGCGAUGAUCUACUCAAGUCGAAUACGUUUAUCGAAGGAUGUUCUCAUAAGAUACGGCGUCAGAUUGAAGAUUUGGAGAAGGCUUCGGGAAUUCUCGCUAGCUCCUUGACUGUCGAUGGGGUUCCGGUGGAUUCAUAUCUCACCAAAUUUGUGUGGGAUGAGGCUAAGUAUCCAACAAUGUCUCCUCUUAAGGAGAUUGUGGAUGGUAUUCAUGUGCAAGUAGCCAAGAUAGACGAUGACCUUAAGGUUCGUAUUGCUGAGUAUAACAAUGUUCGCAGUCAACUGAAUGCAAUCAACAGAAAGCAGACUGGAAGCUUAGCUGUUCGUGAUCUGUCCAAUUUGGUAAAACCAGAGGACAUAGUUACUUCAGAACAUUUGGUUACUCUCAUUGCUGUUGUCUCCAAGUUUUCCCAGAAGGAUUGGUUGUCAUGCUAUGAAACAUUAACAACUUAUGUGGUCCCUAGAUCCUCCAAGAAUCUACAUGAGGAUAAUGAGUAUGCUCUCUAUACUGUGACAUUAUUCAAUCGCGAUGCUGACAAUUUCAAAAUUAAGGCACGCGAAAGAGGAUUUCAAAUUCGUGAUUUUGAAUAUAAUUCGGAAACUCAAGAGAGUCGGAAACAGGAGCUUGAAAAACUGAUGCAAGAUCAGGAAUCCCUGAGAAGCUCUCUUUUGCAAUGGUGUUAUACCAGUUAUGGAGAGGUAUUCACUUCCUGGAUGCACUUCUGUGCUGUCCGCUUAUUUUCCGAGACCAUUUUGAGAUACGGCUUGCCCCCUUCCUUUUUGUCUGUUGUAUUGUCACCAUCUGUGAAAAACGAGAAGAAAGUACGUACACUCCUGGAAACCCUAUGCGACAGUUCCAACAGCACGUUUUGGAAAACGGACGAAGAAGCAAGCAUGGGUGGGUUGGGCGGUGAAGCUGACACUCAUCCCUAUGUCUCCUUCACUAUUAAUCUCAUAUGAAACUCGUGUUGAGGUGAGAGAGACAGAGAGAGAGGGGGUGUUGACUCUUGUUUUUUCUUGAUUGGGUUGAUUAACCCGAUUUUAGUUCGAGACACGGGUGUAUUGAUUGUUUGACGUUUAUUGUUUGAUUUUAAAAUUUGUUUUGUUUAUUUAUUGUACUACAAUAUCACUAUUGAUUAAAAGAAAGUAAAUAAUCAUGAGCGAAGUCUUUGGCAAACAAAUUGUACAAAAAGUAAAUAAAUUGUGUUUUAAAAGGAUCGUUUACUCGUGUAAAAUAAAGUGAGAAACUUAAUAUACUAGAAGGUACGGAUUGAGGUC